AUGGCAGAGCAUUAUUCGAAGCUCAUCAGCCCGAAUACGUUGCCAGGGCCAACAGCGGCCAAAAGGACUCUGCAGUCCGAGAGCAGAGCAGAUAUACCGCCCCGGGCGGGUGCCUUGAAAUUCAAGGACGUGUCUGUGGACUUCUCCAGAGAGGAGUGGCAGUGCCUGGACUCUGCUCAGAGGGCUUUGUACAUUGAUGUGAUGUUGGAGAAUUACAACAACCUGGCCUCUGUGGAAAAUUAUUACAUAUGUGAUUCUGUCUAUCAACGAGUGAAGACUGAAAAGGAGUGUUGUCAGUGUAAUGCUUUUGGCAAAAUUCUUCAUGACCCCUCCACAUGUGCACUUUAUAGAACAAGUGAAAAUACAGAAAACUCUAAUAACUACAGAUGCAAUAACCACAGGUUUGCCUCUCUUGACUCAUCAAACCCAGAUAGAGAGGAAACCAUGCACACUGGAGAUGAACCUUGCAAUUCUAAAGUCUGUGAGAAAUCCUUAAAUUUGUGUUCCAGCAUUACUCAAGUUCAGGGGCUCUACGCUGCAAAGAAACAGUAUACCCAGGGAGAAUGUGAUGAAUGCCUUGACACUACAAAUAAUCUUUUGCAACAACCAAACUACAUUAGAGAGAAACGAUACCAGUGUGGGAAAUGCAGGAAAUCCUUCAGUACUGCCUCAUAUCUCACUUUUCAUCAGAGAUUUCACACAGGAGAGAAGCCUUACUCAUGUAAAUACUGUGUCAAAUCCUUUACUUGGAAGUCAAAUCUUACAAAACAUGAGAGAAUUCACACUGGAGAGAAGCCUUACACAUGUAAGGGCUGCAACAAAUCUUUUCGUGUGAGCACACAUCUUAAACGGCAUAAAAGAAUUCAUGCAGGAGAGAAGCCCUACAAAUGUAAGUACUGUGACAAAUCCUUUACUUCGUUGCCAAAUGUUACAGUGCAUCAGAGAAUACAUACAGGAGAGAAGCCUUACACAUGUAAGGACUGUGACAAAUCCUUUGCUGUGAAUGCAAAACUUAAAGAGCAUCAAAGAAUUCAUACAGGAGAAAAGCCUUACAAAUGUAAGUACUGUAACAGAUGCUUUGCUGCAAGGACAACUCUUAUAGAUCAUCAAAGAAUUCACACAGGAGAAAAGCCUUACACAUGUAAUUACUGUGAUAAAUCCUUUACUGUGAAGUCAACUCUUACAGCACAUCAGAGAAUCCAUACUGGAGAGAAGCCUUACAAAUGCCAAGACUGUGGGAAAUCAUUUACAACACGCACACGUCUUAGAGUACAUCAGGAAAUUCAUACUGCAGAGAAGUCUUAUACAUGUAGGGAUUGUGGCAAAUCUUUUCCUGCAUGGUCAUAUCUUGGGACACAUAAGAAAAUCCAUACAGGAGAGAAGCCUUACAAAUGCCAGGAAUGUGGCAAAUCAUUUGCAAUACGCAAAUAUCUUAGAGAACAUCAGAAAAUUCAUACUGUUGAGAAAUCUUAUAUAUGUGAGGAAUGUGGCAAAUCUUUUGCUCUAUGCUCUUAUCUUACAAGGCAUCAGAGAAUCCAUACGGGAGAGAAACCUUACAAAUGUGGAAAAUGUGACAUGGCCUUUGUCCAGAGUUCAAGUCUUAGAAGACAUCAGAGAGUCCAUACUGGAAAAAUCAUUAAAAAAUUGUCUGUGAUGUAA